AUGAUCCGUACCAAAUUAUUAUCACGCUACAGCACCUUGGCUGUACGUGCUCUGGUGACAGCUAGUGCUGCUGAGCGUUGUCUUACGUCUGGUCAUUGUUUUCAUAAUCAUUGUGCUACUGACAUACCUACUGUCUCAGUCCAUCAUCAUCAAAAUGUGAAAGAUGUACAUGCUUCAUGUUGUGGUUUUCCAAAGCAUCUGAAAAAUGGACCCUCAACAGUACUCGAUCAAGGUGUCUUUGGUGAUGAUGCAUGCUUUGUUGCACAUUUCGAAAAUACUUAUGUAGUUGGUGUGGCAGACGGUGUAGGUGGUUGGCGCAAUUAUGGCAUCGAUCCAUCAGAAUUUUCAAGUCGUUUAAUGAAGCUCUGUCGGAAAAUUGUGAUGAAAGGUCAAUUCAAGCCAACUCGACCGGAUAAGUUAUUAGCUCGUGCAUACGAAGCACUUGCGAGGCCACCACGUCCAACCGGAUCAUCUACAGCAUGUGUACUUAUUGUUCAUCAAGAUACGCUAUAUUCUGCUAACCUCGGUGAUUCUGGUUAUCUUGUUAUCCGGAAUGGCAAAAUAGUAUAUCGAAGUCGCGAACAGACUCACUAUUUCAAUGCUCCUUAUCAACUAUCAUUACCUCCAAUGGAUCAAGGAAAUGGUAGUUUCCUCGGUGAUUCUCCGGAGAAAGCUGAAUCGGCAUCAUUGGAUUUGAUGAGCGGUGAUAUUAUUGUGCUUGCAACCGAUGGUUUGUGGGAUAAUGUGACAGAAGAUGAAAUUGUUAAGCAGUUAUCAGAUUUGAAACCAGGAGAUGUACAGAAAGCUUGCAAUAGUCUAGCACUUACUGCAAGAAGAUUAGCAUUCGAUACACAGCAUUUGUCUCCGUUUGCAGUAAAAGCAUCGCAGCAUGGAAUCGACGCACCGGGGGGCAAACCGGAUGACAUAACACUUAUUUUGUUAUUGAUUGUUUGA